AUGGAAGAAAACGGACUCCUUCUAUUGGCUGAGGCCCUGGCAACCCACAUUGAACAGCGUGUGGAACAGGUCACGGAGGAAAUCAGUCAACUUGAAGCAAGCCUGAAUGCAAGGACAAGGCAGGUGACACCGCCAGCUGCACCCACGCCAGCUCCUAGACAACGACCACCGUCGCCACGGACGGAGCCACCACCUAGGCCUACUCCGAGACCUAGGGCUCCAAGAAUUCCGAGACCAGUAACGCCACCUCCUAUGUUUGUUCCGCCGCAAAGGCUGAUCUCGUACCCAAUAUCACCUCAGUUGUUCACCAGCACUCCAGCUCAACAUGGGAAUGCUACUUACGUACCACCACCACAAGGACAGAGUUCAAAUCAGUGUAAACCAGACACCUGUAGUCCUACUCCUAUAUCUAGACCUAGUCUAAAUCCGAACGCCUGUGAGUUCACCUGUCAUGCCGCUACACCAGUUAGACAUGACAUUGUCAACCCGAUACCGUCACUUCAGCUUGCCCGAGAAUUUCGAAAACCUGUUGUUGAAAUUGACAAAUUUGACGGAGACCCAACACGUUACACACAGUUUUGUCGUCAAUUUAAUGCCCGAAUAGUGAACAAUACAGACUCAUAUGAUGAAUGCCUGAGUUACCUUUUGCAGUUUACAUCAGGGGAAGCGCAUCAGGUGGCACAGGGCUUCGCCCACCUUAAUGCAAAGGUUGGUUUUGAUGCAGCCAUUCAGGAAUUUCAAAGACGUUAUGGUGACCCCAAUUUUGUUGCCCAAAGUUACAUUAUGAAGGCACUAGACUGGCCACCCAUAAAGCCAGAUGAUCCAAAGGCUCUUGAUCAGUUUGGCAUUUUCCUUCGUGAAUGUCAAUAUGCAAUACAAGAAGUCAAUGCUCUAGGAACACUGGAGUAUUCAGAAAAUCUUAGGAAACUUGUCGCUAAGUUACCGUUCAGAUUACACGACAAGUGGCGAAACAUAGCAUUCAAUGUACGGGAAAGGGGUGAACUUGUUACUUUUGCCCUUCUUGUAGACUUUGUGUUGAAAGAGGGUAGAAAAGUCAUGGACCCUGUGUAUGGAAAGGGGGCAUUGCAAUCAAAACCUGCCCCAGUCGUGCGACCAAUUCCAAAACCGCGAGUCAAAUCAAGUGAAACGCCAACUUCGCGUACAAUGCUCAACACAAGUGCCCGUGCUACACCUGAGACUAAGUCACAACCUACGUCAGGGGAAAAUGUGCUCUCAUGUCCACUUUGUAAAAGGGACCAUCGUCUUUUCAAGUGCAAACAAUUCCAGGAUAUGUCCCUGGAAGACAAACAUAAGUAUGUGAAAUCCAACAGACUCUGUUAUAAUUGUCUCCGUGCUUCGCACAUGGCUAAAAGUUGCACAUCUCCAGUUAGAUGCCGAGUUCAGGGGUGUGGAGGUAGUCACCACACCUUGCUUCACAGAACAGCCAGGGAUGUUACUCCACCAAUGGAAGAGGCAAAGGGGUCUCAGAUGUCAAACACAUGUUAUUCGAUGAAAGAGGGUCACCCUAGCAAAGGUCGACCUCACUUUCAACUAGUACCCGUAUUUGUCUCCACAAAUGGGAGAUCGCUACCAACCGUGGCAAUGUUAGACUCAGCUAGCCAAUUAACAAUAAUCCAUCAAUCUUUAGCGAAGGAACUUUGUCUCAAGGGAGAGAAACAGGACCUCACCAUAAAUACUAUGAACUCCACUGCAGUUAUGAACUCUCAGCUUGUCUCAUUCAAAAUCAAGUCUCAAAAUCUUGGAAACACCAAAUCUAGCGCAAGCAUGCACAUCAAUGGUGCCUAUGCUUUGGACAUUCGAGCGUUUCAGUGUACAACUCAAAUGUGUUGCCCAGAAUGGCAGCAUUGCAAGGAUUUGGGCCUCCCUGCGAAAAUUGAACCUGGUGAUGUGAAAAUAUUGAUAGGAAUAGACAAUCCCGAUGCUCAUGUGCAACUUGAGGUUAGACGCGGCUUACCAGAUCAACCCAUCGCAGUCCGUACUAAUCUUGGUUGGUCUCUCAUGGGAGUAGAUGGGCAUCAUGACUCUAAAUUUGAUCCACUCUCUGUGAAUAGACUAUUUCUAGAAGAGCACCAGCAAAUGGAGGAAUUUUGGAGCACUGAAUCAUUUGGUGUUAGCCAUAACUGUACCAAACCAACGUCAACUGAAGACAGACAAGCACAGAAAAUAUUGGAGGAGACUACUACUAUGAUCGAUGGCCAUUACCAAGUCGCAAUGCUAUGGAGGGACCCAGAGUCAACCCUGCCAAACAACUUGCCUGCAGCUCAACGUCGAUUUGAUCUUCUCAUGAAACGCUUCAAUUAG